AUGCGGAAGGAUUUUGAAUUUCGUGUUAGCGACUAUGUAUUUCUUCGGGUUUCGCCUAUGAAGGGCGUUGUACGUUUUGGUAUAAAGGGGGAAUUAGCACCGAGGUUUCUUGGUCUUUAUGAGAUCAUAGAGAGAGUUCGAGCAGUUGCUUAUCGUUUGGCGUUACCGCCAGACAUGUCUUUGGUAUAUCCAGUGGUCCAUAUAUCGAUGUUGCCGAAGUGCGUUUCUGAUCCUUCUCAAGUGAUUAUACCACAAAGUGUUGAGAUUGACCAAGAGCGGUCUUAUGAGGAGCAGCCUGUUGAGAUUUUCGAUACACAGUCUAAUUUGAUCAUUGGUAAGGAAAUUCAUCAAUCUCUUAAGACUGACUUUGGGAUAAUUUCUGGGUUUUCUUCCUUUGGUUAUUCUUAA